AUGAAGAGUGCAAUUGCAAAAAGACUACUUUCGAGUAGUAUAAGAAGAUGGAAUAAAUUCCCAUUAAUAAUUACAGAUGAGGUCAAACAAGCCUUGAAUGAUAAGGUUUUACCCGUUGUUUCCUUAGAAUCUACAAUCAUAACUCAUGGAAUGGCGUAUCCUCAAAAUUUAGAAAUGGCUCAAAAAGUAGAACAAACUGUAAGAGAUAACGGAGGUAUACCUGCAACGAUUGCAUUCAUAGAGGGUAAACCUCAUGUCGGUUUAUCAAAUGAACAGCUUGUUCAAUUGGCUGAAAAAUCUCGAGAUAAGGGUAUGGUAAAUAAAGUUUCUCGUCGUGAUAUAGGAUAUACUAUGGCUAGAAAGUUAUAUGGAGGAACUACAAUUGCUCUGACAAUGAUACUAUCGCAUAUGGCGGGCAUUAAAGUAUUUGCCACCGGUGGUUUAGGAGGAGUGCAUUAUGAAGCUCAAAGUACCUUCGAUAUUUCUGCUGAUUUGAAUGAGUUAGGUCGUACUCCUGUUGCAGUUGUCUGCUCUGGACCAAAGUCAAUCCUUGACAUUGGACUCACCAUUGAAUAUUUAGAAACUCAAGGUGUGUGUGUGUCUACUUAUAACGAUGAUAACAGACCACAGGUUCAAAUACCAGGAUUUUAUACUAGAGAAUCAGGAAUCAUUUCACCAGAUCAAUUUCAAUCAUUUCAAGAAAUAGCAUUAGCUUUACAUUAUCAAAAUAAUAUAAACUCCGGAAGUGUUAUUUGUGUUCCAAUACCAAAAGAAUAUGCAUUGCCUUCUUCGUUUAUUAAUGAACUUGUCAAAAAUGCAAUUGAUGAAGCGAAAAGAUUAGGAAUACAGGGUAAAGAAUUAACACCAUUUCUUCUACAAACCAUAUCAAAUGCUACUGCUGGAAAAUCAGUUGAUUCGAACAUUAGUCUCGUGCUUAACAAUGCUAAAAUAGCAACUAGUAUAGCAAAGGAAUUAUUGAUCGCAGAUCAGCCAUCUAUUACCACAACAACUAAGUCUAAAAUAACUAAAGCAGACGUUGCCAUUGUUGGAUCUGUUGCAUAUGACACCAUUUCUAAGAUUGGAUCAGCAACCAAAUUAGGCGAUUCUAAUAUCGGCUUUAUUCAAUCUUCAAUCGGUGGAGUAGGGCAUAAUGUUAAUUUAGCAUGUCAAUAUUCCUUUCAAUCUUUAUCAAAAUCUAAAUCAGAUUUGAAAUCAUCACAGUUGGUGUCAAUUGUUUCAAAUGAUUUACCAGGAAGUUCAAUUUUAAAUGAACUUGAAGGUAAAAAUAUGGAUUCAACAAGUAUUAAAGUUAUUGAAGGUGGUAAAUCAACUGCUCAAUACGUUGCAACUCAUGAUGAGCAAGGAGAAUUAAUAGUUGCAUGCGCAGAUAUGAGUAUUAUAGAAACAGAUUUCUCUAGUCAUAUUAUUAAUGAAUUGGAUAGAUUAGGUCCAAAAGUGGUUGUUUUUGAUUGUAAUUUGUCACCCAAGGUCCUAAAUAAAGUCUUUCACUCUAUCAGAAAAAAAGGAGAUAAUAAACCAGCUGUGAUAAUAGAACCUACCUCGUUUAUAAAAUCAAGCAGAAUUGCAUCAAUAGAUCAAACUGUGUUUCCUAAUAAUGUUAUUAGUUUGAUCACUCCAACAAGAGCUGAAAUGGAAUCGAUUCAUAAAUCAUUUACUGAGAAAGAGUAUUUUAAUGACUUUGAUAAUUGGUUCCCAAUACUUGAUGCCUUAGGAAUUAGUGCUGAUUUUCGAGAAAAAUUGAAUGCAUUAUCAAGAAAGCCAGAUUAUAAAGUUUUAUCAGAUUUACUUUCAAACGGAGAUUUACAAAGAAGUUUCCAAUUAUUACCAUACGUACAAAACAUUUUAUUAAAAUUAGGUAAAGAUGGACUUUUUUCCUUAAGUAUUUCUGAAACUGUUCAAGAUUAUAAAUCUAUUCCAACUGCAUCUCCAUAUAAACCAAAAUUCAUGUUAACUUCAUUUGGUCAAAAGGUUUCUCCAGAAAAACAACUUGGUAUUGUAAUGCAAUAUUUUCCAAUUCCUCCGGAGAAUGAAAACUUAGAAAUAGUAAAUGUAACUGGAGCUGGUGAUUCAUUAUUAGGAACUUUGGUUGCAAAACUUGUUGAACAAAAUGAUUCUUAUAAUUGGUUAAAUUCUGAGUUAAUUAGUGUUGAACAAGAAUGGCAUAAAUGGGAAUCCAUAUAUCAAGCACAGAUAUCAAGUGGACUAACAUUGAUGAGUAAUUCUGCAGUAAGUGAAGAAAUUGCUAAAGUUAUUAAAUAG